ACACACAGACAAAAGAGAGAGAGAACGGAGAACACAGAUCCGUCCUCUGUAGAUCGCCUACACAGUGUCAGAAAUAGAGCCGAGUUUAAGGCAGGUGCGUACAAAGCGUCUGCAUGAGACCCUGGGCGGUGCGCUAAUACACAAUCUGAGAGAGGAUACAGGUUGAUUGACUAACGUCAAGACAGAAAACGAGAAAAAACGACAACAAAAGGGAAAGAAGAAAAAGAGGAAGAAGAGACCGAGAUGUACACUUAAAAUGGCCCAUCUGUUAACGGUGUGCCCCUAAACCAAUCAUAAAACCUACUUUACAGAGCUAGGAUGUAAGAUCAAUGGAGUGAGACUGGAGAGAAUUACAUCCAUCUGAAGACAGAAAAGGGAUUUUAAGAUACUUGGGUGACUACUUCACAAGACAGGAUAUGAAGAAACAGAGCAUGCUUCAUCUUUGAAUUUAUUUAGCAAAAUUCAACUAAACGCUUGGAUCUCCUGUCACAUGAACUUAAGAGAUAAGUGAGAGGCCGUCAUUAAUAACUAACUGAAUAGUCUACAUCAAAGUGAAUCUGAAUAAAAUUAUAUCAGUUUAAUUAUGAAAAUGGGACAGAUUGCAAUAUUUCUUCUGCACACGCAUCUGCUGCUUGGAGUUGGAAGCUCCCUGGUCAUUCAGUCCAUGCCCUGGAGAGUGCCCUGCCCUCACCAGUGUGUCUGCCAAAUCAAGCCCUGGUACUCUCCUCAGUCUGUGUACAGAGAGGCUCCUACAGUAGACUGCAAUGACCUGCUACUUAUCCAGCUGCCCACUUCCCUCCCUCAAGAGACACAAACCCUCCGGCUGCAAAGUAACCUCAUCAGUUCUGUCGACCAGAGUGAACUCCAGGGCCUUGUCAAUCUGACAGAGUUGGAUCUCUCCCAUAACAGCUUUACCAGUACCCGCAACCUGAGGAUAACUGACCUGCCAGCUCUUCUCAGCUUACACAUGGAGGAAAACCAGCUGAGACACCUCCCAGAAGCAGCUUUCUUUGGUCUCCCUAGAUUGCAGGAGUUGUACCUCAAUCACAACAGGCUUCGAAGCAUCUCCCCUGGGGCCUUCAAGGGUCUGGAUAAACUUCUAAGGCUUCAUCUCAACUCUAAUCGAUUGGUUGUAAUUGACCGGCGUUGGUUCCAUGCUUUGCCACAAUUGGAGGUUCUCAUGAUUGGUGGAAACCCCGUGGACACCAUUCAGGACCUAAAUUUUAAACCGUUAAGCUCUUUGCGCAGCCUUGUCCUGGCAGGCAUGGGCUUGCGUGAGAUCUCAGAGAGAGCACUAGAGGGCCUUCAAAAUUUGGAGAGCAUUAGCUUUUAUGAUAACCACCUAAUAAAAGUUCCAAAAGAGGCAUUGCAAAAGUUGCCAGGUCUAAAGUUCCUUGACUUGAACAAGAAUCCCAUUCAGCUAGUGCAGAGGGGAGAUUUCCGAAAUAUGCUUCACCUGAAAGAGCUUGGCUUAAACAACAUGGAAGAGCUGAUCUCUAUAGAGCACUCUGCAAUGGAAAACUUGCCUGAACUGACCAAACUGGAGAUCACAAACAAUCCUCGGCUCUCCUAUAUCCACCCUCAGGCCUUCCAAAAGUUGUCAAGUAUGGAAAGUCUAAUGCUGAACAGUAAUGCCUUGAGUGCCCUGCAUAGCCAGACAGUAAGGUCGCUGCCCAGCCUUCAAGAAAUCAGCUUGCACACCAAUCCCAUUCGCUGUGACUGCCUGAUCCGCUGGGUGGGAGCCGACAAUGACAAGCCGGUCCGUUUCAUUGAGCCUCAAUCCACAUUCUGCUCUGAGCCCCCUGAGCUGAAAGCCCGACGAGUUAAAGAAGUCUCAUUCAGAGAGAUGGCAGACAGCUGCCUGCCCUUGAUUGCCCCAAGCACAUUCCCCUCUUACAUUGAAGUCAAACAUGGAGACAACAUAGCCUUGCACUGUCGGGCACUGGCAGAGCCAGAGCCAAGUAUCUACUGGGUCAUUCCCCAAGGUGUAAGAUUGACUCCAUCCAGCAGCUACGGGCGUUAUCAGGUUCUCACAGAAGGCACGUUAGAGAUUUUUGAAGUCACUGCUGAAGAAGCCGGAUUCUACACUUGUGUGGCGCAGAACCUAGUGGGAGCUGAUACAAGAAGCCUGACUCUGCAGGUAGAGGGAGGUAACCUGCUUCAUAUAAGUACUCAAAAGACAGAGGACAGCUUUGAAGUUCAGGAUGUCAAAGAAAGGUAUGCCUUACUAACCUGGCAAGCAAGUCGUAACGUCCCUACUGCACAUUUAUCAUGGGUGGCCAAUGGCAGUCUGGAUGACCAUCAUAGGCAUAGCACUCGGAUUCUAGCUGGCACUAGGAAAUUCAACCUAACCCAUCUGCAACCAGGCACUCAUUACAAAGUUUGUCUACAUAUGGGGCCAAAUGACACCUCGUGUGUCCAUCUAAGGACCAAGGAGGUGUUCAUGCCAGAUCCUUUACCAGACCUGACCCCAGCAGUCCUGCUGGCAGUUUCAGCUCUGCUCCUUUUGUUUGCAGCCAGGGCAUGUCAUGGGGGAGCCUCAUUCGGUUGGAAAGAUCACAUGCUGGAGCUUGAGAAACCCCACACCACUAUUCUAACCCAGGAGGCGAAGGCUUUCAUGACUCCUCCAAUACUAGUAAAGUACCUGAAUCAGCAGGAUCCAGAUAAAGUCCUAUCAGAUGGCAGAGGCAAAGACCUCAGAAAUGCUUCACUGGGGCAAGAUGCUUGGGGGCUAACAAAAGAGGCGUGCUGAGCAGAAUAAAGAGUUCAAGAAGGAUAGACAAGAAAAAAAAAUCCCUGGAGUAUAAGUUUCACAAAACUCACUUUACCGAUCUGACAGUCAAAACUACUGAACGUCUGAAAUAAACAAUAUUAGACAUUUAAGUGGCGGACCCUCUUCACAUAACAGCAACCCAGUUUCAAAGUAUGAUAUAAAAAGGAAGAGAAAAAAAAAAGAUAUUUGUAUUUAUUUUGUAAGAAAAAAGAUACAUCAAAUAUAUGUAUAUUAAAAGCAUUUGUCCAUAUAUCCACAUACAGUAUAUCAAACUAGGACACUAAAGCUGUGCUGCCAAUCAUAAACAACAGUUCAUAUAGAGUCUGUUUAUAUGCAACCUCUCAACGAGUCUGUGUCAUAACAGGCCUAAUGGUUGUACAAAGAUAAGCACUUAUAUAUUUUUAAUACUGAAGAAGAGACUGACACAGGAAAGCAAAGAACACAAAUAUCAAGGAAGCGAACUCAAGAAGGCAGAAUUUAAGUCUUCUAAAAGGCAUUCUGCAGACUGCGGGCAACAAUUCACUUUUUGUUUUUGUGGUGAAAAACUAAACUGACUAUCUCUAAGCAGGCAUUAUGAAAAGAGCUGAUAUAAAGGGAGGUGUCUUAAAUGUUGUAUAACUAAUGUUGUAUGUACUCUCUUUAACAGUGUGUUAAACUGUGCUUUGUACAAGGUUCGCAAGAGAAUGCUCCAAAGUUAAGACCAUCCCAGAAAAAUGUAAUGUUUUUGCGUAUAAAACAAAAAUCUUUUUCUCCCUCAAAACUGGACUGCUCUACACAUCUGACAGGGGGCCACAAACUUAUGACCUAAAAUGCUCAGAAUGGGAUGUUUGCCUAUUUUGGUCCUCUUGUUCAUGAAAUAUGACAGACCCUUGCUUAGAAAAACAACUCAAGUGAACAGAUGUUCUAGUCUUGAUGGACAUACUGCCUAGACAUAUGUGUCGGCCUCUUUGUUCAGACAUGUCAAACAAGAAGAGAGGGUCAUGGAGAAAGCGUGUGGAACAGCCCCAUGAUGCCAUCCUUUCCAGCAACGACGGCAAACGUUUGGUGACAGGGAAGAGGUUCGCAUCUACAUGCACACUGUUUUGUACAAAGCAAGCACGUCAGAGCUCCCAUCUCUUUCAGUACUGAUGAAAAGUGCGGGUCCUGUCGAGCUGCUAAUGUGACACACUUCAUGGAAAGAUAGUGUCAACCCUUCUUUCUGUAAAAAGAGAAAAAAUGGCUUUUUCUUAAACAGUUUGUCAGGUGACUAUUCGGUGAACACAUAUGAGCUCUGCUCUCACUGCUGGACAGCUACACUAAUGAGAGACAUACCCAGUGAAAGAGGGGUGAAAGGGCACCGGUGUGCCCCUCUUUUAUCCAGGAAAGGAAAUAUAGCAGCAUUGGGGAUUGUGAACUGUUCUCUUGUAUUCUCAACUAUGGGGAAAUUCUUUCUUUCUUUUUUUUUUUUUUUUUUUUUUUUUUUUACAGGCUGUCAUUUUACGGUAAUUGGUUUGCUUUAUUGUUUUAUUUUAUAUUUUUGGAAAUUUGUGGUUGAUGUGCCCUCUUGUUUCAGUAACUAUAUCUCUCUAACUUGACUGUCUUGUCCUAAGUUUUUUUUUUUUUCAUUAUUGUUUGUUGCUCAUUGGUCUUUUCCCCACCCCAAAGCUGUACAUAAAUCAAUCUGAUUUUCCUAUUCAACAUACCACUUUCUGAAAUAAUUUAGAUGACUGUGUGUUAAAUUCUAUUUUGAGCUAUUAUUAAAACAUUUUGGACUGAUCUCAAGGUUUGAUCGAUUGCAGAACGCCAAGUGUUUUUUUACAUGCACUUUAAAAGUUUGAUUUCAGUCAGUCUAAAGCAAUAAUUCGUCUUAUUUUAAAAUGUCAUAUAAACAUUUUCUAAAUGUAAAAAGUACGAUUCUGCUUUUUGCAAACUCUCAAAACGAUGCAAUUUUUAGCUCAGCUUCUCCCAGUAUGUAUACACAUUAAUCAGACUCUACAAAUUAUCCUCAGAAUUUUGAGCCUAAUCCAAAACGUGAAGAGCGAUAAGCAUUUGAUCUCUGGAUGGAACAUGUUUCACUACGCAUGUAAACAUUAUUAAUGGUAUGGAUGUAAUAUAUCGCCCACAAUGCAUAUAACCUUAAUCAGGGUCUUGAGUUAUGUUUCCUGCUGUUGUUAUGCCAUUGGUCCAACAGGGGCAUAGUAUCAUAGAAGGUAACUGGAGCAACAUAUCCUCCAAUUAUAAUGAGAACAAAUAUUCGUUCUUUUGAAAUGGAAUCACCACAACGAGUUCCUCUAGUUUCUAGAGAUUUGCAAAACAGCCCCCGGCUUCUUAAAUUCGCUGAGAAAAGAGCCUCAGGCUGGUGAUGCUCUUCCUCUCAGCAGCAAAUGGUAUAUCCAUCCCCCAGUGCUCCCCCUCCAGUGCCCUCCUUACAUACUUCACAAUUACCGCAAAGAGUCUGUUGUCUAAAAACAGUAACUUUGAAAGAGUGAUUGAUGCCUGAAGAGAAAAGAGAGAGAGAGACACACGUAUGUUUGGUGGGGGGCAGUGAAUUGAAGGCUACAUAAUAGCGUUACGCUUCUCCACAGAAAUCAUACAUAAUUGUGCGCGACUAUAAUUGCACAUUACAGUUAUUUUAAGGAAUAUUGAAAGUGGGACGGCAGGGUCCUGUUUCAUAACACUUAAUGCCAUCCUUCACACUCAAGUGGACUCUCUCCAAUCUAUCAAGCUUGGAAAUGCCAAACUAUAAGGCUCAAUGCACCACUGAACCGUAACUUUGCCGUUUAAUGGAGGGAAAAAAACAGUUUUACAGUGCAAGAUCAAAGGAAUAUUACAACCAAGCAAGCUCAACUACAACACCACUGCAGUAUAUAGUCAAAGUGGAUAAAUGGUAGAUUUGCUGAAUAAUGAUUUAUUAAAUGACCUUCUCGAUUCAAUUUCCUGAUCAAUGAGAGAUAGAAGUACAUUUGAUUUCAUUGCCUCAAGCUUGAGAACGAUUUAUUUGGUUUAAGCCCAAAUCAAAAAAAAAAAAAAAAAAAAAAAAAAAAACAUAAUUCACUAUUUAAUGGUACACUGGUCACCUGAUGUGUGACAUUUGACUAUUAUUGGUUCAAUCAAAAAGAUUAUAGUAAUAGUUUGAUAACUUUUAAGGGAAAAUGUCAAAGAUUUAUAUGUGACUUCCAAAAAUAUUUUAGCUAGAGUUGACUUUAUUGAACUAUACAUUGAGAACACUGACAAAUGGAAACGUUCCAUUUAAAGAAAUGUAUUGUCCGUGUGAUACACAAGCUUGUGGGUUUUACACUGAUGGAGAAAAACUGCUUAAUGAGGAUACAGCUUUAUAAUUCUGCACAAAAACUUCACAGUUGCGGAAUCAUAAUUCACAUAUUGACAAACCUAUAUAAUCAUGAAGUGGAAAGACCAUCGAAGCACCCACACGCUGCCUGAAAAUGACUGUCCAUGCGGCUCACUAUUACAAAUAUUGUUAGAACAGCUGUUACAAAUCAACAUAUUACUUGUUGAAAAUUUUUUUUCUAAAGUUUCAUUGAAGUCCACAAAGUUUCACUUUUUGCACGUUAUACAACUUUAAUGUUAAAAUUUGAUUGCAUCAGACUUUUUUUUUUUUUUUACAGGCCACUUCCAUUAUCACUUUAAAUAUAGCCAUGGAUGGAGUAUCUAAUAAACAUUUAAAGUAAUGAAUUGAAUAACAAUCAGGUAAAAGCCAUAAACCUUCCGCUCUAAUGAACCAGGAAAAGCAAGAAUGCAUGUUGUUAGGUAGGUGCAUUGCUGCUUGGGGUCCGUAAAGAGUUUUGUUGAACAGUACUAUUACAAUUAAAAAAAUAAUGGCUUCCUGUUUUACUAUAUUUUACAAAGGUAAUGUAUUCCUGUGAUGCAAAGCUGCCAUUUUUCAGCAGCCAUUAUUCCAGUGUCACAUGGUCCUUCAGAAAUAAUGAUUUGUUGCUCAGACAAUUCUUAUCAUUUGAAAACAGUUGUAUUGCUUAUUAUUGUUGAAAUCGGUUUCCGGGGGAAAAAAAUGAUUUAUUUGAAAUAUAUUUUGAUCGAUUUAAUCUAUCUUUUUGGGUUUUUUUUAUUUCAAAUAAAUAAAAACUAUUUUAACCAGUAUGUUAAAUAAAUACCUGCUAUGACUUGAACACCUAAGCAAACUGGCUUAUGGCAAAUACUUCUUGCAAUAGUGAACACACCGUUCACCUAAAAUAAAAUUUCGAUGCAAAUUCAGGCUACAUACAGUGAAAAAAUACACUCUAACCUCCGUCGUUGAAGACAAGACCAGCAGGAAUUGAGCACUUUAAAACAUCCUGUUGCUCUCUUUUCCUUUCCUCAAAUGUGUUCCCAUUUUUAAAGCCAGGAAGCAGUUUUGUGGAACGAUGAUAGAAAAAUUGAUUGUGAAAUCUAUUUAGUGUGGCUAUCGAUUUCCCCAUAAGGGGAAGGAAGGCAGACCGUGUGAGUAAGAUAAUGGAAUAUGGAACGGGGGAGCAAGAGCCCAGAAAUGGGAAGUGACACUGGUUAAUGGAGUAGAACUGGGCUGUUUUAGGUGGGGUAUGAGUGUGUGCACACACACAUCCGUGAGAGAGGUCCCCUCAGCUACAAUAACACAUUUCACUCUGCAUUUCAACUCAUCCAUUUUAAAAGCACAGCUGAAGCAUUUUGAUUUCAAUUUUGUUAUUAAUGCAAUCUAAUGUCAUUCCAAGUGAGCGAGCCGUUAUUUACCCGAAGAUCACAUUGUGGAAUUUUUUUUUUUUACAAAUCACAGCUUUUACAUGGAAAAAACAUUUUCAUUGCUGAAAACAAUUACAAUUACAAUUAAUUAAAAAAAAGUUUCUUGAGCAUAAAACAUUGUGUUAUGUAUUGAGGGAUCAUAUCACACUGAAUGCUAGAACGAUUACAUUUUAAAAUAUAUAAAAAUGAAUUAAAUCCCGUCCAGGUGAGCACAUUGACAGGUGGAUUCUUGCCACCUGAGACAGGCGAGUUGUAAACCCCCCCUCCCGAACAUUUUUCAGUUCCUGUUCCACAUCAAUGGACAGACACAGAUUUUGCCAAUGAUUUAUAUCGGAAAGGAAGGAAAGUCGGUCUAGAAGAAAGGCUCAGAGCAGCGAACACACAAUAUUGACGAAACAAUGAGCAGCUACACAGCACUGAACAUUGCUGCUACAAAAGUGACCGUCACUUCAGUUAAAAUCAUUCAGUUAUUGAAAUAGUCUGGCUAUAACUACUGUGUAAUAAGUGAAAACAAUGAGCUGUCACUCCUCCUGUGUGAUUGGUAUAUGACUCAUUGCAGAGCUAAGCUGUGCCAUUAGCAGUCAAUGCAUCAAGCUAUUUCAGGAUUUCUCAUAAGCACUUAUCAUUGGGGAAUCUUACUUAAUGAAAAUCACAUUAUUGUCUCUGCAUACAUGACAGCGGUGGAUGACUAUUUAAGCAUGGCUCCACCAAAACCCAAAAAAUAAUGCUGGACACGUUAUCAAUACCAGUUUCUCAGUCACCACAUCUUUCUUAGAGCCACAUAUUUUAACAAUGUUGCAGUCGGAGUGAAAAAUAACAGUUCUCAAAUGUCAGUCUGGUGCAUACAAACAAUAACUCUCAGUGCAAACAGCAUGUAAACGAGGAGAGGGUAUGAAUAAACCAUAUAGAAAAGGAAAAUAUUCACAAUUUUUUUUUCAUUGCGAGAUCAAAAAGCAUGAUAAAUGCAGAGAAUAUGUAAAAGUGAAGCUUGAAACACUGAGGGCAUUUAACGGUUUCGUCCUUUUCUGAUGACACCGAGCCGUGUCUGUGAACCUCAGUGACCAGAUACUGUCAGUUUAACAGAUCUAACCUGAUGGUAGGCCCAUUACGGCAAGGACCCGAGAUGGUGAGAGAUUAAAGGUGCGAUUAGAGGAAGAACCCAAUUAUCCCUCAGCAUGAGACUGACCCCUCAAGACACUUCCGUUAUUGAUUUCCAAUUACAUCACUGUGGCUUCCAUUGGACAAGCUUCAGACGGAAACAAGCAGAAAUUCACAUGAUCAGACGCAUUAAGCAUGUGAACCGUAUUUUAAUGCAUUCAAAAUGCAUUAUGAACAAACUGGCUUUUAAAUGUUGUGAAUAUAUACAAAUUGAAAAAGGGAGUGCUAUUCAAAAGAUUCAAAGACCAAGUCAAAAGGCGGCGAGAUUCAGUGAUUCUUUACAAACUGAAAGGCUGUUACUGCCUCCUUGUGGUUAAAACAACAACAAAAAAACCCUUACCUUUUCUUGGUAACCAGAAAGGACAGUAGCAACUGGUGCAAAAGUUGUUGAUUUAUGCUCUGAAAUAAAUAGUUAAAAUAAACUUUGAAAAUACUGCAAGUAAAACUGAAAAGCAGCAUUUAUUCCCAUUGGUUACAUUACUCAUGAGACAGUUAAGAAAAAAAAAUUACUGUUCAUAUUAAAUUUGAGCAGAAAAGAUGUUCGAUAAAACAAACAAGCAAACAAACAAAACAAACUGACUUCAUUACAUAAUUGCAUUGGCUUAGCCUUAGUAUGAAAUAGUUUUUGAUUCCACACUAAGGCAUUGAAUGGCAGUGAAAUAGCAGUGUUUUUUAGCACACACACACAUAAAAAGUUCAAGAUAAAUUUAGAUCCUCAAAAAGUUAAACAACACAGCAUUUAUUAGAAAAAAGCAAAGCUAGACCUAUUGAUUUUGUGUGAAAGCUCUAUCACCAACUAAUGGCCGAGAACAAGAUUUCCUUUUCAAAAAGCCCUCAAUUGCUGUGCUUAAUACAACAGACAGUAUCCACUUUGUUACGGGAAACAACACGGUACUAAGAAAAGCAGAGGAUAAUAACCCUAAAAUCCCAUAUAUCUCGUCAGUUUUACAAUUUUAACACUGCCAAAUAUACAGAUUUUGAGGAGGAAAGAAAAUAUGGCAGUAUGGUAGACUUGGCUUUCAAAACACAUUUUCCAUUAAUGUCACCUUACCUUGCAAUUCCUUAACCUUCAUGAAACAGGCACGUGUGUGAAUGAAAGGCAAAAGACUGAAUAGACAGCACAGAUUGUCCUCAAAUCUGUUCAGGUAUAGAAACCAAACAAACAAUGGAAAGAAAGAGCGGAGCGUCUUCAGCAAACAAAAAAAAAAAAAAAAAAAUAGGAAGUGAAAACCAUGGCCAUGGGCC